AUGAGCUUCAAGGGUCCCAAGUCCGUCACCGCGCCGCCGCGCGUGCUGACGUCAUCAUGGCGCGGCGUGUCCUGGUCCCUCUUCCUACUCCUAGCCGUCGCGCUCUUCGCCCUUGCAGAUGUCCUCGUUAUAAGAUACAGUUGCUCGUUCGCCGGAUUCGGCGCGUCCCCGUCAUGGAAGAGCCUCUUGAAUAGUAGUAAAUCCGACUCGGAGUUAAAGCCGGCGCCGCCGCUGGUUGAAGCAAGUUUUGAGACGUCUCAAAAGCCGGCGCCGCCGCCGGUUGAAGCAAGUUAUGAGACGUCUCAAAAGCCGCCGGCGCCGGAUGAAGCAACCGAUGAGAUCGGACCGUUGGCCGGCGCGGACCCGCAAGGGAUGGACGAGGCGGCGGACGUGCGAGAAAUGAGCGAGGUGGCGGACGUGCGAGAAAUGAGCGAGGCGGCGAACGUGCGAGAAAUGGGCGAGGCGGCGGACGUGCGAGAAAUGGGCGAGGCGGCGGACGUGCGAGAAAUGGGCGAGGCGAACCUCGGGAUCAUCGAAGAGGCGGACCCGGGGGAGAUCGACGAGGUGGACCCGCGAGGGAUUUCUGAGUCGACUCAAAAGCCGGACCGGGGGGAGAUCAUCGAAGAGGUGGACCCGCGAGCGAUAGACGAGGCGGACAUGCGAGGGAUGGACGAGAGGGGUGCAGAUCGGUUGCGAUACCCGGGCAGGAAGCGCGUGAAGGGGUUCGUCGGGGUUCACACCGGUUUCAAAAACGGCAGGAGGCGCGCGUUGCUUCGCGAGACGUGGUUCCCCGCCACGCCCGAGGAGCACGCGCGCGCGGAAGCAACAUUGGGCCUGGUGUUUCGGUUCAUAGUCGGGCAUGGGAGGAGCGUGGAGGACGAGGAGAUGCUGCAGGCGGAGAACAGCACUCACGGGGACUUCCUUCGCAUCGACGUGCAAGAGUCGUACCUCAAUCUCAACCGCAAGACUCUCGUGUACUUCACGACUCUCUUCAAGCUCUAUGAAGUUGAGUUCUACGUCAAGGCAGACGACGACAUCUACCUCAUACCAGACCGCCUCUCCUCUCUGAUCGCCAGGCCAAGGAACUCAUCUCGAACCUACAUUGGAUGCAUGAAGAGGGGAACUGUGGGCACUAACCCUGAUAUGAAGUGGUAUGAGCGCAAGUCGUGGCUGCUGGGGUCGCACUACUUCAUGCAUGCCUUCGGAGCCAUCUACGCCCUCUCCUACGACGUGGUCAACAUUCUCAACGCCAUCCCCAACGACGGGCUGAGCAUGUUCACAAACGAGGAUGUGUCAGUGGGAGCGUGGAUGCUUGCCUUCGACGUGCAACAUGAGAAGUCAUAUGCUCUCUGUCAGAAGAACUGCACGCCCUCUGCUGUGGCUCUCUGGGAGCCAAUCUGUGCCGGCCUCUGCCGGCCGUAUGUGCAGAUGAAGGAGCUUCAUCGAAACCCCGCGUGCUCUGGGACACACACAUUUUAA